AUCACGAUUCCAAAGUCCAAAACUCAAGUGCUCAACCCAAACUUUUCUAAGCUAAACUAACCGCUGGACCAACUACCAAAACCACCAUGAUUCUCAAUCUUCAUCUGGCGCCAUUUGCAACGGUCAUUCUCAACCGCCGGCCAACUUUCACCGGAUUCAAGACUCCGUUCAUCCAGCUUCGGCAAUCCCCCCUUCAGUUCAGCUGGGAAAGAGCAAGCAUCAUCUCAUUCUUCCCUGCUCCUCUAAACACUAGCACUACUGAUAAUUUCAAAGCUACUUCUACUGCAGAAGAAGAAGAAGAAGAUGAAGAAGCUGUGAAAACAACGGAGCCAAGUGCUACUCCGGUGAGAAUAGUGGCACUGGUCGGAGAAAACAGCGUCAGCCCUCUCAAGUCCUCGCCUUGGUUGGACGUCAUGCUUCAUACUGCCAAAAGAUUAAAAUGGGUUGAUGAAGCAUAUGAUAUGCUGGUAUUUAGUGACGGACUCCUCAAAUCAACUGAUAAAACCAAGGAAAAUCUUCAUUUGGGAUUAAGGAAUGCAGAUAUUUUACUGAUUGUUGCUGUCACUAAUCAAGAAUCCAUUGAAUGGGUUCAAGCAAAUAGUGUAAAUGUUCCAAGCAUCUUAUGCUUUGAGUCCUCUCCAACGUUGAGGAACAAACUUGGAGGAUCAAUUGUAGAAACAAAAUCCAAUGGCUAUAUAUUCAGUAAAUUGACAGCAAUUUCCCAAUCAAAAAGAAAAACUGAAUCAACCAAAAUAGUCCAAAGUGUAUCUGAGGCUUGGGACAGGCAUAAUUCAGAUGAUAUCAGGUUCUGUUUGUUAGUUGUAAUUAAUGCUUGCAUAAGACCGGUCCCAAUAUUGAAGAAUCUAAGGGCAAAAGGUUUUUCCACCUUAAACUGCAUGGUGAAAAAUUGUGGCCCUCAGAUACUAAACUGUUUAUUGGAUCCCAACUGCAGAAAAGCUCUCCAAUGCUUGAAUAAGUGCAGUCCUGUGGACCAGGUAUGCAACUAUAGAUGUAUUGCUUCAUAUGAGAGCCCAUGUCUAGAAGAAUUUUCUCUCUGCGUGUUGCAGAAGAACAACUGUUUGGAAUUGGAUGCCAAGAUCCCUGAAAAACCUUCUGUGCCUCCAAUGAUAAAGUUCCGAGGGGACAAUCUAUCUCAUGAAACAGCUGAGGAUCUUUUUGUCGGUUGGUUGGGGAAAUUGGACUGGAGUUGGCGAGUCAUAGCAGGACAGAACCCAGCCUAUGAUCAGUUUCCAUGCCAGUACCAACUGUUUUAUAGAGGAAAGGCUAAAGGAUCAUUCUGGUAUGAGCCAAUAUUUCAAGUAAGGACACUUGAGGGGAAUUUGGUCUGGAGAAGGCGAAAAUACCGAGUUAGAAGAGGAAAGGUUCCAGCAACAUUUCACUUCAGUGUCUUGGACAAUGGAGUGGUUUCAAAUGAGUUCUGGACAAUCGUGGACGUCUCUGAUGAUUUUAGCUGGGGUUUAUUCCAUUACCAUGGAGCUGCUCGAGUUGCAGGACAAUCAUAUACUGGUGCCGUCCUUGUUAGCCCGGAUGGCAUGUAUCCAGAUGAGACACAGAGACAAAGGCUGUUUUCAGCAUUAGAUAGAUGUGAUAUCAAAGAAUGGGAGCUCUUCAAUGUGGAUAAUUUGUCAUGCCCAAAUCCUCCUUUAGGCCUUCCAGAGGGUUCAAGACUGCAUAGUAAGAUUGAACCUGAAGACAUGAAAGCAUAAUCAGUUGAGAGAUUUGGUAUUGAGGAUUGCUAAACUAAACUGGUCAUUAGACAUAGUCAUUGAGCUAAUUGCCAAGGGGAGUUGAUUCGGUGAAAAACAUGCACCAAGAUGAAUUUUGUCCUUGGGGAAAAUUGAUGGUCAAAUAUGACCAUUUGAUGUAUCAAAAUAGAUGUAACAUGAUCUGAUUCAAUCCGA